CGCCAUUGAAAACCGCGUGGUGUCAUUCUGCACCGCGCUCAUUUCUACACCGCUUCUCAGCUUCACAAACCCCUGCAGUUUUAUUCAACAGUUUUGAUUCCAAUCGAUAACACUACCAUUCUUCCGAAGUGAAGCCAACUAUUUGGGACGGUAGCCGCGGGAUCGACUUCAGUGUUUCGGGACUUGGCCAUUGUAAACUAGAUAAACCAUUGGAAACUGUUGAGCACUGAAAGGUGACUGAAUCACUUCCUCGGUGAGCGGAACCGUUUUAGGAUCGGUAUUGCUCGCACCGCCAGUUCGUAGUGCGUGGUGGUUGUUUGUGCCCACGUUUGCUUAACUCCGGGUGAGGAUGGAGGUGAGCGCCAUGGCUUGGCUGAUGCUAGCAUUGUGCCUGGCUGUCGUGCUUCGCGCAGCAAAUGCUCAAGAUUGCAGUGUGGCAAGGACGUGUGCACAGUGUCUGGACAUAGCACCGGCGUGUUUGUGGUGCUCGGAUCGAGUACAAGAGUUCCAGGAGCGGCCGAGAUGUGCAACGUCUCUACCGGACUGUACAAACAUCACAAACAUCCAAUCACAAACACCGAUCAACCACACGAUUGCAUCACCAAUCGGACCUGAAGUACAAGUUACUCCGCAGCAAGUCAGCGCAUCCGUGAGAUCACACGACACGUUCACGGUGGACGUAACGCUAACACCAGCAGCCAAUUUCCCUCUAGAUGUUUACUACUUGAUGGAUCAUUCGUUCUCGUUCCAUGACGAUUUGGACACGCUAAAGGCUCAAGCGUCCGCCAUUGGUAAUGACAUUCGCAGAGUUAGUCAGAACUCUCGUAUCGGUUUCGGAUCGUUUGUCGACAAAACUACUGCUCCAUAUGUGGUCACGCAGAAUAACACCGUAAUCUCGCAGUGUCUGGGUUGCAAGCUUCCGUACUCAUUUGAGAACACUUUCCCUCUCAGUACGGAUACAGCGGGCUUUGUGACGAGUGUGUCCUCUCAACGCAUCUCCGGUAAUGUGGACACGGCCGAGGGAACGUUGGAAGCGCUCAUGCAAGUGUUAGUCUGUACUGACAAAAUCGGCUGGAGGGACAAUGCACGUCGUGUGCUGGUGGUAGCCACCGACGCUAUCUAUCACACGGCUGGAGACGGCAAGCUGGCUGGAAUCGUCUUGCCUAACAAUGCCCAAUGCCAGCUCGACGACAAUGGCCGCUAUACGGGCUGGAGUCAGUUUGAUUACCCGUCCAUUGGACAGUUGAACAGCAUCAUUCAGGAUCGUAACAUUCUGGUCGUGUUUGCCGUGACGGGCGGUGUUCGCGAAGAAUACGACUUUGUUACCAAUUUCUUACAAGGCACUAUUCGCCAGGAGCUCCGUGCAGACUCUAGAAAUCUCCAGCAACUUCUCGUUAUUGAGCUAACUCGUCAAAUUCGUCAAGCGCUGCCCAAUGUGAUUGUGGAGGAUGGUAUUCGUAUCAGGAGCUUGCAGGCCACAUGUCCCGGUGGGAGUAGUGAAAUCGUGAUUCAAGGUGAUAAUCUGCAGGGCUGUGAUGGGCUGUUUGAAGGUGCGAUCGCGCAGUUCCGCAUCACUGCUGAGGCUGGCAGCUGUGCUGAUCUGCAGGCUGGUGGAGGAAGAGCCGUUGUGCGCUUCACUGGUUUUGGAGACGUGGAGAUUCUUGCCACUGGUCUGUGUGAGUGUCCAUGCCAAACCGUGGCACCAGAGGUGAACUCUACUUUCUGUCAUAACCAGGGAGAUGAGCAAUGCGGUGUGUGCGACUGCUUGGAGGGGUUCAGCAAUGAGGGACGGCUUGGACGGUGUGACUGCAGCCUGGAUAACUUCAAACCUUGCAUCCAGAACGGCACCAGUCUGGUCUGUAGUGACCGCGGAGACUGCGUUUGCCAGACUUGCCGCUGUGAGCCACUAUCGAAUGGUACGUACUGUGAGUGUGACAAUGGCAACUGUGAACGCGGCGGAGAAAACAAUGAACUUUGCUCUGGUAAUGGAGUAUGCGAGUGUGGCGAAUGUCGUUGCCUUGAUGGUUACGUUGGUGUAGCCUGCGAAUGUGCAACUUCCAACAGCAGAUGUCGGAGAACAACCGGCAACGAUAUGCGUCUCUGCAGUGGACAGGGUUUUUGUGACUGUGGCCGCUGUCAAUGCCUGAGUGGAUUUUCUGGAGCGUUCUGUGAAACCUGUAUCGGUGGUCCCACUGUGUGUGACUUUGGCAUCUGCGAAAGGUCUAGCUUCUGCCUGGACCUGUUAUUCGAAUAUAGCAACACAUCCACCUUCCAGUCCAUUGUCGACAGCAAACCCCAAUUCCAGGUGUGCUCGGGAAUUCCAACUCGUCUUACCGAGCCGGUUACUACCUACCCACAUCCCAUUGAUGGCAUCCCCUCAACGCUUUGCCAAGGCACUGACGCAGACAGCUGCUCCAUUAUCUACUAUGUCGUGGUCAUGGAAUCCCAGUCAGCUGAGCAAAGGACGUUUGCACCGCUGCAGAUUGACAUGACCAGAAUUUGUCCUGUGUUGAAUGCCAGCACUGGAGAGUCCUUCAACUAUCUACCGCUGAUCCUGGGAAUAGUCCUUGGUUUGCUGGUCGCUGGCAUUGUCAUGCUGCUCAUCUGGAGGAUAUACACCUGGCAUAGCGAUCGGAAGGAGUACAACAACUUCCUGAAGGCGCAGAAGAACCAGGAUUGGUCAAAGGCCCAAAAUCCACUGUUCAAGCCGUCCACACAGAAAUUCGAGAACCCCACGUUUGGCAACUAGGUGAUGGAUGCUGCUGUACUUCUCACACUGCGGAUAUCCAUUCUUGUUGUAUCUUGAGCUUUCAUUCUCUGUGUGCAUACAUGUAAAUAUACACUGUGUGGUUCCAUCUGUUAGGAGGUGGAAUUUCGGUAUGUAGCUUGAUGCGUACUAGCAAAACACUGCAGUACGAGUCCGGUGGUGUCCCGGGUCCAGGUAAUCCUGGCUGGCUCUGGGUUAGACCAGUGUGUUGUGCAGCAGCGGUGGUGCUGUACGACCCCCGAUUUAAUUGAGCGAAUGAUUGGCGUGUUUGACUGGUUGGAUGAUGGCAUUUGCAGCAUUAUUCUCUUUAUUGCUCUGCUCUAUAUCCGUUCUCAUACUGACGACAUAUUGUGCCUUAUUUAGCACUGAAAAAACCCAUGUGACCCAUAAUAGGAAUGAUUUGUCGUUUACAACAGCAUAUUCAGGUGAUGGAUGUGACAUUUUUUAAUGCUUACAACGACACGCGUUUUUUGGCGUUGCAUGGAUAAAUCAGGCUUAUGCAAUUCAUCAUUCCUAUAAGAUAUUUCACCAUUCCUAACUGUUUUGCAUAAUUAUAAUGUAUUCAAUUA